AUGCCUGAGCUUGCGAAGUCCGCUCCUGCCCCGAAGAAAGGCUCCAAGAAGGCGGUGACCAAGGCUCAAAAGAAAGACGGCAAGAAGCGAAAGCGCAGCCGCAAGGAGAGCUACUCCGUAUACGUGUACAAGGUGCUGAAGCAGGUCCACCCGGAUACCGGCAUCUCGUCCAAGGCCAUGGGCAUCAUGAAUUCGUUCGUUAACGACAUCUUCGAGCGCAUCGCGGGCGAGGCGUCGCGCCUGGCGCAUUACAACAAGCGCUCGACUAUCACCUCCAGGGAGAUCCAGACAGCCGUGCGCCUGCUGCUGCCCGGCGAGCUGGCCAAGCACGCCGUGUCUGAGGGCACCAAGGCUGUCACCAAGUACACCAGCUCUAAGUGA